CUGCUCCCCCGCCAUAUGGAGGACUGUGGUACGAAGACUAUGACUAUGAACACACUGCAAAGAGGAUGGAGGAGGAGAGAGAAAGGAUAAGGAAAGAAAUGGAGGAAAAAGAAAGACUGAGAAAGAAGUUGGAGGAGGAAGAGAGGGAAAAAGAGAGACAGCCUCCUGUCUUCGUUGAACCAAAAAAAUGCCCCCCACUCGGAUUGGAAUCCCAUCGCAUUGAGAACGAUCAGCUCCUGGCUUCCUCUGUGGCAAACCAUGGGUUUGGCCCUCAAAGAGGCCGUCUCAAUAUGCAGGGUACGCACGAUGAGAAUGACAUGUAUGGUGGAGCCUGGUGUGCCGACAGCGAGGACAGGGAGCACUGGUUUGAGGUGGACGUUCGACAAGAGACGGAGUUCACUGGCGUCAUCACCCAGGGCAGAGACUCCCAAAUAUACAAUGACUUUGUCUCCACGUUCUAUGUGGCCUUCAGCAAUGACAGUCGGGAUUGGACCUUGCUCCACGAUGGCUACUCUGAGUGGCUGUUCUUCGGCAAUGUGGACAAGGACACGCCCGUGCUGUCCCAGUUUGUGGAGCCGGUGGUGGCACGCUACAUUCGCAUUCUGCCUCAGAGCUGGAAUGGCAGCCUGUGCAUGAGGCUGGAAGUGAUGGGCUGUCCGAUCAAGGAUGUAAACAGCUAUUAUAGUCAAAAUGAAGUCACUCCAGUGGAGGACCUGGACUUCAGACAUCACAACUACAAAGAUAUGAGACAGAUGAUGAAAGUGAUCAAUGAGGAGUGUCCCAACAUCACCAGAAUCUACAGCCUGGGCAAGAGCUACCAGGAGCUGAAGAUCUAUGCCAUGGAGAUCUCUGACAACCCUGGGGAACACGAGACAGGUGAGCCGGAGUUUCGUUACACGGCCGGUCUCCACGGUAACGAGGUGCUGGGGCGGGAGCUGCUACUCCUUCUGAUGCAGUUCCUGUGCAAGGAGUACAACGAUGGCAACCCUCGAGUGCGCCGCCUGGUGGACGGCAUACGCAUCCACCUGGUUCCCUCGCUGAACCCGGACGCCUACGAGCUGGCCUUUGAAACGGGUUCUGAGCUGGGCAACUGGGGAGUGGGCCACUGGACACAAGAGGGCUAUGAUAUCUUCCAAAACUUCCCUGACCUCAACAGUGUUCUGUGGAGUGCGGAGGACAGGGGCUGGGUCCCACGUGUCAUGGCCAAUCACCACAUCCCCAUCCCGGACAACUUCCUGUCAGAGAAUGCUUCGGUUGCUGUGGAGACACGAGCCAUCAUUUCAUGGAUGGAGAAGCACCCUUUUGUGCUGGGGGCAAACCUUCAGGGAGGGGAGAAGGUCGUGACAUACCCCUUCGAUAUGGCCCGGCCACCCAAAAUGGAGGCUGAGAGCGGGGCAAGCAGACGCAGGGCACGGCAGUAUGAGGAGGAGGAGGAGGACGAGGAAGAGGAGUCACCGGACGACUCCAUGUUCCGCUGGCUUGCCAUCUCCUAUGCCUCCACCCAUCUCACCAUGACCUACCAAAGCUCCUGUCAAACCGAUGACAUGACCGGCGGGCAGGGCAUCGUCAACCGUGCAAAAUGGAAGCCGGUUGAGGGAAGCAUGAAUGACUUCAGUUACCUGCAUACCAACUGCUUUGAGCUGUCCAUCUUCCUUGGCUGUGACAAGUUCCCCCAUGAAAGUGAACUGGCCCAGGAAUGGGAGAACAACCGCGAGGCCCUGUUGGUGUUCAUGGAGCAGGUGCAUCGUGGGAUCAGGGGUGUGGUCAAGGACCGUGAUGGCAACCCUGUUGCCAACGCAACUGUGUCCGUGGAAGGGGUGGACCACGAUGUCAAAACAGCGGACACUGGGGACUACUGGCGGCUGCUGAACCCGGGUGAGUACCGAGUGACAGUGCGGGCAGAGGGCUACUCACCCCUGACCCGGCUGUGUGUGGUGGGCUACGACGCGGGCGCCACCCCCUGCAGCUUCACCCUCAGCAAGUCGAACUGGGAUCGCAUCCGGGAGAUCAUGGCCCUCAACGGCAACAAGCCCAUCCGGCUCCUCAGACUGCGCCUGCGCCGACUCCGCCAGCAGAGACUGAGAGCCAGCCUCACCACAACCGUGCCACCCACAACCGUGCCACCCACAACCACCACCACAACCACCACCCUUCCCCCCACCACCACGACCGAGCUCCUGACCGAGGGCACCACCUCCUGGUACGACUCCUGGGUCUACGAGGAAAACCCCACCGCUACCACGCUCGCCCAGCCGGUCUACACCGAAGCUACACCAGAUUACAGCUUCGAGUACAAAAUAGAUGAUUAUUAGACACUAAGAGCAUGCACUCACAUUUCUGCAUAUCUCAAAGAGAAAGUUCUGCUAUUAGUCCAUCAGCUAUGGACAUUGAUAAAGUGUCCCAAGAGUAAA